AUGAUGAAAACUUUGAUCGUCGUCUUGGCUCUUGUCGCCAUCGCCGCCUGCUCCCUGGAUGUCAUUCCUCAUUACAGUCAUCACGGUCAUGGACACGGAAUCAGCAGCAGAUACUUUAAAAAGGCACAAGGACAUGGUUAUUAUGGAGGAUAUGGAUUAGGAUAUAACGGAUAUGGUCUUGGAUAUGGAGGCUAUGGUCUCGGGUAUGGAGGCUACGGAUACGGAGGAUACGGUUAUGGUGGUCUUGGUUAUGGAGGCUAUGGUCUCGGGUAUGGAGGCUACGUAUACGGAGGAUACGGUUAUGGUGGUUUGGGAUAUGGAGGUUAUUUCUAA